CACAUGCGCGUACGCUGCGGAGAGGACCGGUGUAUCAUGGCGACAUACGUGGAUAUUCUGAAAAGCGAGUUUCCCGAAAUUGAUACCGAAGUCUUCGAUUAUAUUACAGGUGUGUUGGCCUGUGGUGGAGCGGAUUUCGAGGAUGGGGAUGAGGUGUUUGAAGCUAUUGGUGGGGUCCUGCAAGAGGUGUCCGCUGACUGUAAGAAUGAGGAUGACGUCCGAGACAUCUGCCUGCAGAUGUUCAACACCCUGAGACUUAAUAACGGCCACUCUGCGCAGAAGCAGGUGCUGCUGGAUGCCCCAGUGCAGAUCUCACAGAUCUCAGCCGAAUGUGUAACUGCCUGUGAUGAUGUGCAGGGGAUCUGGAUGGUCAAACGCGGCCAGAACACAACGGUGGACGCCAAGAAGCUGGAGAAGGCCGAGGCCAAGCUGAAGGCCAAACACGUGCGGAGGAAUGAAAAAGACUCCCAGAAACCCGCCAGUCCUCUGGUACUGGAGGAGGCGUCAGCCAGUCAGGCCAGCAGUAAAAAGGACAACCGGGUGGACUCGUCAGGGAAGAACCGCAGCUAUGACAUCCGCAUUGAGAACUUUGAUGUCUCUUUUGGGGAGCGGUCUCUGCUGCAGGGGGCGGAGCUGUCGCUGGCGAGCGGCCGCCGCUACGGCCUGAUUGGGCGGAACGGGCUGGGGAAGACCACGCUGCUGAAGAUGCUGGCGAGCCGCAGCCUGCGGGUCCCGGCGCACAUCUCCAUCCUGCACGUGGAGCAGGAGGUGGCGGGCGACGACACGCACGCCCUGCAGAGCGUGCUGGAGAGCGACACGGUGCGUGAGGGCCUGCUGACCGAGGAGCGGCUGCUCAACGCCCGCAUCGCCAACGGAACAGCCGAGGGAUUGGAGACGGUUCGGCUGUCAGAGAUUUAUGCCAAACUGGAGGAAAUUGAGGCAGACAAGGCACCCGCCAGGGCCUCAGUCAUUCUGGCGGGUUUGGGCUUUUCUCCAAAAAUGCAGCAGCAGACAACCAAGGAGUUCUCCGGAGGCUGGAGGAUGAGGCUCGCCCUGGCCAGAGCCCUCUUUGCCAAGCCUGACCUGUUGCUGCUUGAUGAGCCCACCAACAUGUUGGAUGUGAGAGCUAUCCUGUGGCUCGAGAAUUACCUCCAGACAUGGCAGUCUACCAUCCUGGUGGUCUCCCACGACCGGAAUUUCCUGAAUGCUGUGGUAACAGACAUCAUCCACCUACACUCUCAGCGGCUGGAGAGUUACCGUGGCGACUAUGAAAACUUUGUCAAGACCAAGGAGGACCGUCUGAAGAACCAGCACCGGGAGUAUGAAGCACAGCUUCAGUACAGAGAACACAUCCAGGUGUUCAUCGACAGGUUCAGAUACAACGCUAACAGGGCAGCACAGGUGCAGAGCAAGCUCAAACUGCUGGAGAGACUCCCUGAACUUAAACCCAUUGAGAAGGAGUCUGAAGUGUCAUUACGGUUUCCGGAUAACUUUGAGAAGCUGUCUCCCCCCGUGCUGCAGCUGGACGAGGUGGAGUUCUACUACAGUCCAGACCAGCGGCUCUUCACCGGGCUGUGUGUGUCCGCUGACCUCGAGUCCAGAAUCUGCAUUGUCGGGGAGAACGGGGCAGGGAAGUCCACCAUGCUGAAGCUCCUGAUGGGGGAGCUGACGCCCAUCAAUGGAAUUAGACAAGCCCACAGGAACCUGAAGAUCGGCUACUUCAGCCAGCACCACGUGGACCAGCUGGAUCUCAACGUGUGCUCGGUGGAGCUGCUGCUCAACAAGUUCCCAGGCCGCACGGAGGAGGAGUACAGGCACCAGCUCGGGGGGUACGGGAUCACGGGAGAGCUGGCCGUUCGGCCCGUGGCCAGCCUGUCGGGGGGGCAGAAGAGCCGGGUGGCCUUCGCUCAGAUGACCAUGCCUUGCCCAAACUUCUACGUCCUCGAUGAGCCUACCAACCAUCUGGACAUGGAGACAAUUGAGGCUCUGGCCAAAGCACUCAACAAGUUCAAGGGCGGGGUGGUCCUGGUCUCUCACGACGAGCGGCUGAUCCGGUUGGUGUGUAAGGAGCUGUGGGUGUGUGAGGGGGGCAAGGUGAGGCGUGUGGAGGGGGGCUUCGACGAGUACCGGGACAUCCUGCAGGAGCAGUUCCGCAAAGAGGGCUACCUGUGAGGCCGGCCGCGCCCGACAGUCAGACCGUGCCGAACGCCUCCAUACACACGCGCCAAACUGCCAGUUCACCACAGCCGCCAACCAGCCGACUCCCAGCCCCCUGCGGCUGUGAGCUGACCAACACCACCAACCGCCACCCAGGAGCUACCGCCUGGUCCUCAUGCACACCCAAACCCGAGUUUACACCUUCCGCCCCCCCCCCCCCCCAGCCGUCUGCCCCAGGGCUCUUCGCCGCCCCCUCCUCUUGCCAUCCUUCAGCUUGCCUUGGUUCAGUCAGAACUCUCCAGGUGAGGACCGUAGCAGGGGGGAGCACGAGUUCUUUUGAUCCACCGUUUGACCGUCCAACCAAAUGUCUGUGACGACCAGCAAAGACCCACCUCAACUCCGUGGCAGACGGAGUGUUUACUGAAGAUAUUUAUUUCUGAGUUCUAUCCAUGUAGAUGACCCAUCUGAGAUGGGAUGGCCUGGCCAGGCCUGGACUGUUACCUGUGGAGUGCAGCAGCGGAUAUGUCAUCCUGCUGUUGACUGUGUUGAAGAGGGGGAGGAAUUGGUUCGGUGUGAGAGAAUCCAUGUUUGUUUCAGCAGGUGAUAGUCCUCCUACUCACAACAAUGUGUGGACAAAACAGUCCACCUUACCACGGUGGAGCGGAAUAUAAAUAUAUAAAUAAUUAUUUUAAAAAUGAUCAUAAGUCAGUUUUCUCAUGUUUUAAUGGUGUACUUAACUUAUAAAUAGCGGUUAUAAAUAUUCAUAACAACGUGCUGAUAAAAUAAAACUGAAAGUUCAUGA